UUGUUAAAAUACCCAAUUCCAUUUUUUUCUGAUUUUGUUUGUUUUGUUUCGAUUUGGGUAACUGUUGGUUUUAUUGAGAAUAAAUUCGGGAUGAACUUGGGGAAUCGAUGUGGAAUUUUGAGUUUUGGUGUUGAUUCUUGAGUGUGUUGGUGUUGAAUUUUGGAAAUUGUUCUUCAUCUUGGUAUUUGGGAUCGCUUCGAUUCUGGGUUUUCAUUGUUGUUCUGUGCUUGAUUGUUUUUGAGUGGCAUUUUGAAUUUGAAUUCUGUAUUUUUCCUUGAUGGGGAGCGGAGAUCAUGAGAGACAUGAUGGUGUUGGGGCACAUGCCCCUCGGCCUGGUUACUUUCUACGUUUGGACAACACAAGUACUGAAGACGAUAUAUAUCUGAAGAAGAGAGUCAGAAUGCGCAGGUGGCUUUGUUGUACUUGUCAAGUUGAAGAGUCAUACCAAUCAAAUGAAAGUGAGCAGCUGAAGAGCCCAAAGAAUUAUACAGAAGGGAACCAAAAGGGUUCAAAGGUAUCAGUUCCUGUCAAACCUGAAGUGCAAAAGGCGGCCCCACCUAUUGAGGUGCCCGCUUUGCCUUUAGAAGAACUUAAGGAGACAACUGACAACUUUGGGUCCAAGGCAUUGAUUGGUGAAGGAUCCUAUGGGAGAGUGUAUUAUGCAACUCUGAACAAUGGUAAAGCUGUGGCUGUGAAAAAGCUUGAUGUUUCAUCUGAGCCAGAGACAAAUGUUGAGUUUUUGACCCAGGUUUCCAUGGUUUCUAGAUUGAAGCAUGAAAAUCUUGUCGAGUUGCUUGGUUACUGUGUUGAAGGCAAUCUUCGUGUGCUUGCAUAUGAAUUUGCCACCAUGGGAUCUUUACAUGACAUAUUGCAUGGUAGAAAGGGAGUUCAAGGAGCACAACCAGGUCCUACUCUUGACUGGAUGCAGCGGGUGAGGAUUGCAGUUGAUGCAGCUAGAGGGUUGGAGUAUUUGCAUGAGAAGGUUCAACCUUCCAUUAUACAUAGAGAUAUCAGAUCAAGCAACGUGCUUCUCUUCGAAGACUUCAAAGCCAAGAUAGCAGAUUUUAAUCUUUCAAACCAGGCUCCUGACAUGGCUGCUCGCCUUCACUCUACUAGAGUUUUGGGAACUUUUGGUUAUCAUGCACCAGAGUAUGCAAUGACGGGGCAGUUGACACAGAAGAGUGACGUGUACAGCUUUGGCGUGGUUCUUCUAGAGCUACUGACUGGUAGGAAACCUGUUGAUCAUACUAUGCCUCGUGGGCAACAGAGUCUUGUUACUUGGGCUACCCCAAGGUUGAGUGAAGAUAAAGUUAAACAGUGCGUGGAUCCAAAGCUAAAGGGAGAAUAUCCUCCUAAAGGAGUGGCAAAGCUGGCAGCUGUGGCAGCAUUGUGUGUGCAAUAUGAAGCCGAGUUCCGACCAAAUAUGAGCAUUGUGGUCAAGGCACUUCAACCUCUAUUAAAACCGCCUACCCCAGCUCCGGAAACUUGAAUAGAAGAUGUCCCAGUUUUUCUCUUUUGUUGGAAUUUCUUCGUCCUUCAGAUAUUCUUGGUUUCAUUUGCCUGAGGGUUUCACCACAAAACUUCACAUAUAUAUAUUUGUUUAUUUUCAGUAUAUGAGAUUGGAUGUGUAGGGUUGGAUUGGCCAUUGCUAAGUUGUCUGUUGCAUACUGGACCAGGUUGUUAAAGUUUAUGGAAGCCACAAAACUGACUUGGAUUGGGUUGUGAAGGUGGACGUCUGUCACUAAAUGUUUAUUUGAUUUGUUGGAUUGUCUGUGCUCAAAAAGGGGGCUUUCUCCCCUCUUCAUGUAUGUUCUUACUUUGCGUUUAGUGAAGUCCUUCCAAUUUGAGGAAUAGGCUGAUUGUGAAUUUGUGAUUCUGGAAACAUGACCCAGUUGAAGGUAUUACUGAUCUACUGAUGCUUUUUACUGUC